AUGUCCGACGACGUAUCACGCUCUCCAUCCCCCACCCGCACGGAGUCAAGCGCGCACGAGACAGGCUCGUACAAGCCCUCGCGCAACCCAUCCCCUGCUCCAGACCCCAAUGCUACUGAAGAUGGUGGUGCGAGUGUUCCGCCACCUGCUGGCAAUUCGAAGAAGGGUCGCAAGAACAAGAAAGUCAAGGCCUCGACAACCCAAGACGCGGUCGAAACAUCCGACGACGAUGAACCAAAGCCCAAGAAAGUGAAGAAGCGCCGAGGCAAAGGGCGUGCCGACCCUAUUCCCCUACUGGUCGAGGCGACGGCUGAGGGGAAGGAUCGCGGAGCUCGUAUAGACUGGGACGGUCAUUACGCCACUCACCGCCAAUACUACGCCACCCGGUACGAAGAGUGGAGGCAGCGACCUCGCAAGGAGAAGACCAAGUUCAUCACUGACCGCGCAAACGAGGCCAUACAGCAGUGGGGUCUAGAACCGGACUCGAAGGCAACACCAAGCUGGUUUAUUGAGAGAUCCCGCCACUGGUUCAACAACGUCCAGAAGCACAAAACCUGGCAAGAACGGAUCGAGAAGAUCAUCGGCGACGAGCACCGUCCGCAGAUCCGCAGCGUCGCCGCUCAAAAACACGAACCGACGCCUCUAGUCAAGCGGAUGGUUCAGCGAGCGAGCGCAGCCUUCGUUCUGUGGGCCCGAGAUCCGAAGAACAAGGUGAAGCUCCCCGAGUAUGACGGUCCUAACCCCGGGAUGCGUGCGUCACUCAGGUCGCAGGCGUUCGAGAAGGAACCUACCGAGGUGCAGGACUACUACAAAAAGCUCGCUCAUGAGGAGUCUCAUCGCGCGGAUCCGAAGGUGGUCUUUGAGAACCAAGAGACCAUGGGCUCCCUGCUCGAACAGAGCUUUGAUCAGUUCCAUAUCGCAGGCACCGGGCAAUCGUCCUUCUCCACGAUCUGGAUCACACGCAAGUCUAACAAUGAGUUGCAUUUCGAGUACCUGUCCGGCGGCGUCAAGACGGAAGAAGACUUUUGGGCGUUCGAGGGAGGGCCGACCGCUGCAGAGAGAGACCGCAUUCACAGGUUUGCGGAAUCCCAUAUUCCGCCGAACCCCGACUUUCCCGCUGACGAUGAAAAGAACGAGUUGCCUGCAUGGGACCCGAGAACGACUACCCAAAUGCUGGCUCUCAAGAACGUCCACGACUACUUGCAGGCCGCAUAUCGUAUGGCGCAUCCUCAAGACCCCGCGGUCGCGCUGAGAGUCGCCGAUAUUGGACAGAAGCAUACCAUCGCGGAUGUCUGGCAGGACGCCGGCAUCGAGGGCUUCGAGACCAUGCCCUUGCCCGAAUUCAUCACUCUAUACCAGCGGCUCUACGACGCCCAAGGCACCCCCGACGCCUUCCGUUUCCUCCCGAGCGACCUUGCUCCACCCCAGCCCGCCACCGCCGGUGUCUACAACACGCAAACGAUCUACCGAUCACCGGCAAAGCGCAUCGAGAAACACGCCCGCGUGUGGGAUCUAGGCUCGCCCCCCUUACCGCCACUCGACCUAACUCCCGACCUCCACGCUCCCGCUUCUAGCGUCGCUACACCAUCAGGCCCUGAGAACACGCUCAUAGAGCCCGAGUCGCUUGAGCAUGAAGUCGACGAGCGCGAUCGAGUGGGCGAACCACGCGUCGAGGACGAGCGCGCUCACCGCGAGACCGAAGAACGCGAAAGCCUCGAGCGCACCCGUCUCCACGCUGAAGAGCAUGCCCGCGUCGAGCGUGAGGCUGAAGAGCGUUCCCGCGUCGAGCGCGAGGCCGAAGAGCGCGCCCGCGUCGAGGCCGAAGAGCGCGCUCGCAUCGAGGCCGAAGAGCGCGCUCGCAUCGAGGCCGAAGUGCGCGCUCGCAUCGAGGCCGAAGUGCGCGCUCGCAUCAAGGCGGAAGAGCGCGCCCGCAUCGAGGCCGAGGUGCGCGCUCGCAUCGAGCGUGAGGCUGAAGAGCAUGCCCGCGUCGAGCGCGAGGCCGAAGAGCGCACCCGCAUCGAGGCCGAAGAGCGCACUCGCAUCGAGCGCGAGCAAGACAUUCAGAGGCAAGAGCGCGAAUUGCAAGAAGAACUCACUCGAGAGGCCCGAGCUCACAUCCAGCACCUGGUUCAAGAACACGCCGACAGGGACGCCUCACGCCUCGCUCCGGAGCAGGCAGGGCAACAGGAAGGCACGCGGCGCUGCGACGAGAAUGCGCGCGAACACGGGACGCUGCAGCUCGACCAGCCCGAGAGGCGAACGACGAGGGCAGUGGCACGAGCAGCUGCUGAGACUGCUACGGCCGAGCCGAGGCGCAGCGCUCGUGGUGGUCAGCCCCCCCGUUCCCCUCCUGCGAGCAUCAACACGCGCACGCUCAGGCGCAAAGCCGAGGCGGUUGAGGGCAACGACAGCGCGUCGGCGAACGGAGGGGCGAAGCGACAGAAGACAGCGCAAUCGAGCAAGCCCGCCCCUAGGCCGAGGGCGAAGGCGGCGACGUCCGGCUCUGGACCCGCGACGAGGAGCAGUGCUCGUCCACUCUUCAGUCCACUGCCUAGACCCGCUAUCUUCUCUCCCUUAAUCAGCACCCACAGCCAUGAAGUCUUUUGGUACCGUCUUGCCGUCAUCCUUGCGGCGUCUCAAGUCGGUAUCGCCGUCCGUCACGGCACUCUCUUCGACCGUCGGCCCAUCCACCACGUACACCGACGGCCCAUCCGCCACGUACACUCGGACGACCCGUCCUCCACGUACCCCGCAGACCCAAUCGACAGUUCUGCCGCGGAGACCGCGAACGCGACGUUGGCCGACUCCGCCAGCGCGACGGUGACCACCCCCGCCAACGCAACGUCCACCCACGUCUCCAACGCCUCCUCCCUCGCGAGCGGCUCCCACGCGAACUCCAAGCCGGACGCAGGCAACGGCGCGUUUGCCGGUGCGUCCGUCGACGUCCGGACCGGGCUCGCGGCGAUCCUCGUGGUCGGGGCUGCCGUCGCAUUCGGCUUCUAG